AUGGCGGCCGUGGACGACGGCGCGAAGGGAAUGGCUGCGGUCGCGCGCUGCCAGACGCUCGUGGCGCUUGCCCCGCUCGUGCGGGCUGCGGUUGCAGGGGCGGCUGAGGGAGGCGGAGGGCGCCACCACCUCGCCGCUGCGGCUGCAGCAGUCCUCCGGACUGGCGUGGAGCUCGCCCUCGACCUGGAGCCGAAGGACUCGGCCGUGGACGAGGAGGUCCGAGCGCGGGAGAGGCUCGCGAGGCCGCACCUGACGGCGCAGGUGGCGGCGGGCCGCGAGGGCGUUCUGCCCUGCCCCUCGGGCGGCCGCAAGGCCUGCCGCGACUGGGCGCAACGCGCCGAAUUCGGCAUCGGCGCCGAGCAGGUGCCGACCACGGCGCGCGAGGCUGGGCGCCGUGCCCGCGGGCCGAGGCGGCGUGCCGAUGCGUCCAGCGAGGAGGAAGGCAAGGAAGAGGUGGUCCUCGACCCCGUCCCGCCCUUCCCCUCCGUGCUGGGGCCGCUCGGCGGGGCCCUCGGCGAGGAGACCCGCGCCCGGCUUGAGGCUGCCGCCGGCGCCGCCGCGGAGGCAAGCGCGGCGAUCGCGGAGGCCGAGGGCCGUGCCCGGGCCCGCGCCGAGGAGCGCGACAGGCUCGCCCUGGCGCUCGCAGAGGCGGAGCGCCGCCUCCAGGACCGCGCGGAGGAGCGCGACAGGCUCGCCUUGGCGCUGGAGGACGUGAGGAGACGCUACGCGGCGGCCCCGGCGAAACUGGUGGGCCCCAGCGUCGACGAACCCAAGAGCGACGUCGCGGAGGCGGACGCGGCGAUGGAGCCGACGCUCGUUCCCGCGGACGUGGAGGGCGAGGAGUUCCAGGGCAUCGACCACGCGUUGGACCUCUCCGACGGCCCCUCCUCCCCCAACUCCCCUCGCGACGUCGUCGGCCAAGGGUCGGGGGAGGAGGUGCUGCGGGAGACCGUGGAGGUGGCCCAGCUAUUGGUGAACGACGGCGGCAUGGGCUUCAAUGGCGCUUUCGGCGCGCUUGACGUCCACUUGGCUGACUUGGCGGUCGGGGAUCGCGUCGAGGUCAUCAAGUCGUUCGUUCCCCUCCGUCAGGUUCGUCACGUGCCAAUUGGGGUCAGAGGCGUGGUGGGCCACGCAGGGGGCGAGCUCGAUAUGCAGGGCGCCGUGGCGAGUGUCGUCUGGGACGUGCCUCGCCUGACCCGCAUCGGUGGCUCCAGCAUUGGCGGGGCAUCGAAGUCGCAACAACAUUGGCGCUGCUUCCGCAAGCUGGCCGAUGGCGAUGCCUGA